AUGGAAUGUGAUUAUCCAGCAACACAAACAGCACUGACUGGGACAAGAAUGGGAUGUGAUCAUCCAGCAACACAAACAGCACUGACUGGGACAGGAAUGGAAUGUGAUUAUCCAGCAACACAAACAGCACUGACUGGGACAGAAAUGGGAUGUAGUCAUCCAGCCACACAAACAGCACUUACUGGGACAGGAAUGGGAUGUGAUCAUCCAGCAACACAAACAGCACUGACUGGGACAGGAAUGGGAUGUGAUCAUCCAGCCACACAAACAGCACUUACUGGGACAGGAAUGGGAUGUAGUCAUCCAGUCACACAAACAGCACUGACUGGGACAGGAAUGGGAUGUAGUCAUCCAGCCACACAAACAGCACUGACUGGGACAGAAAUGGGAUGUUGUCAUCCAGCAACACAAACAGCCCUAACUGGGACAGAAAUGCAACACAAACAGCACUGA